AUGGACGAUCCUUUCGACUUCAUCGCCGCCGAGGCGGGGAAGAUCUCGUCGUCUCAGGAGGAGAGGCUUCGCUCCUCCCGCUUCAUCCGCCAGCCACCGUCUUCCUCCCCAGCUUCCUCCUCCAGCGAUGGGGAAGAAGACGCCGCGCGUUACAGGAUCUCGGCCAUCCCCCUCAUCAUGCGAUCCGCGUCCGAUAGCCACCGGUCUUCUUCGUCCUCCUCCCCCGAGCGCCAUGGCGGCUGUGACGGCGAGGUGGAUCGGCCUGGAGACGGGCAGCUUCACGCCGGCGGCGCCGUGGGGGUGGAGGAUUUGGCGGAUCAAUGCAAUGGCGUCGACAACCGUUCUGGGAGGAGUGAGGAGACGCAUAUUAGGGUUUCCAAGAGGAAGGGCACUCCAGAAGAGGAAGCGGAUGUGAUCGGCUCGCUGGUGGAUCUUAGGAAGAGUAAGAGAUUGUGCGCCUUCUCUGACGAGAGCACUCAGGAGCCCGAUGUGAUCUGCUUCUCUGCAGCAGCAUCUCGCGCUGCAAGCAUGGGGUUGAAGCUCAGCGAAAGCCGCAAAGAGCCAUUGAAGCCAGCGCAGAAUGUGGAGUCUCAGAUUGAUCACUCUCAUUUGGAAGCUGACGGGGAGAUCGUCGCGAAUGGUGAGUCCUCAAAGACCAGGGAUGUUGACCACAGUGACUUCCCUCUCCUACACCCAGGGGAGGAGGUCCUAGACGACUCCCAUGGUGGAGCCAGUGCCAACCCUGCUCCUGGUGAUGCUGCUCUAAAAGUCACGUUGGAUCUGCCGGCGGUGGCUCAGAAUCAGAUGGACAGACAGGAUUUCAUCGGUGCUGCCGUUGGAAAUCCCAAGCUCUCUGAGAAAGGAGCAAUCGGUUUGCGUAAGCUACCGCCAUCUUUCCAGGUUCCAGUGGACGAGGAGGGGAAUGAUAGUCAGUCCGUGCAUACAGGGGGGAAGGCCAAGGGGGCAGAUCCCUCUGUGUCGGCUCCAGUCAAGGGCUUGAAGCCGCUAGAGAAUCAGCAAGCUCUGGGGCAUGGUCAGAGUGAGCAAAGCUCAUUCCUGCCAAGCAGGAAUUCCCUUGAAGAGGGACCUAUGGCAAAAAUGCUGCCUUCUGAGUCUGAAUUGAUUGACUUACUGCUCAAAUUCUCGAAGAAACCUGACAGACGUCUUGAAAAUGUUGACUUUCUAGAGGUGCUCGCCAUGAAGGGCAUCCACAUUCCUCCGCCCAGAUGGUGGCGACCAGGGGGUUAUGGCCCGCCGUAG